AUGGGCCGCAUACAGCGCAAGAAGCGCAAUCACCACGCCCGCCGAGACGUGUCGCGUGCGGCACGCACUCGCGCUCGAACGCUCGACUAUGAUCAGCGCCAUGAGAAUGCUACGAAUGAAAGCAAGCGCCAGAAUCUAGAAGCGCCGACCGAGCUGGACCCCGAGAAGGCCGGUCUCGGCAUGUUCUACUGCGUCGAAUGCGAUCGACACUUUCCCAAUUCCAACGAUCGCAACGCGCAUAUCUCCAGCAAGCUGCACAAACGCAUCGCGAAGCGCGUGUUGACAGAGACGCCUUACACACACGAAGAGGCCAUGCGUGGUGCAGGGAUCGGCGUUGACCAUGGCCGGCGCUCCUCGAAUCGCAUCGAGACCGAGCUUUGA